GAAGCUAAAGAUGCUCCAACUCCGCGCUGAGUGUGACUUUAACAUUAAGUUGUACUCUGUGGCAAACUUUGGCCACACCUAGAUCCUGUCCAAAAAAAAAAAAAAAAAAAAGGUUUAUUUUUUUUUAUUUUUUUUUUUAUUCUUCCUCUGGUGCGUUUGUUUGUGUGUCGGCGAGUCCCGGCGGCGUAACCGGAGAAGGGCCUCAGAGAGGGGAAUGCAGGACUGCAAUGGAGCACAAUGCAAUACAGUGGUUGGGUGCUCCCUCCUGCCAGCGAGGCAGUUACGCCUUCUACAAGUCGGUUAGCAGCCGAGCUCAACCCGACGGGCCCGUCCAGCUGUGGAAACUCGGCGAGUUUUACUUCAUCCGCUGUGGACCGCAGGAUCCUGUGUGCAUCGCCGAGGUGACCUUACUGUGGGAGGACCAGACCCGGCACCACCUGCUGGCCAGUGCCAGACUCUACUUCCUGCCUGAGGACACACCGAAGGGCCGGACCAGGGAGCACGGAGAGGAUGAAGUUCUGGCAGUGUCCAGGAAGAUGGUGGUGCGGGUGGAGGACCUGGUGCGAUGGUCGUGUGCGCAGCCGGCAGGUUGGAGCAGCAGCCUGAAGGCGGUGGCAUGCGGGACCAACGGCCUGCACAAACCUCCACAGAUCGGCGACUGCAGCAACGGCACGACGGACAAAAGCAGCGAGCCGCUCAAAGACAAAACUGAGAACGGCCCGGCCGAGCAUCACGCCAUCAAAGUCAUCAGCUACCCGCAGUACUGCCGCUUCCGCUCGCUGCAGCGGCGCAUCCAGGACGGAGCAAGGGGGUCGGCCCUGCAGGACCCCCACCUGCUGGCGCUGGGAGGCAUCAAGGUGACGCCCAACACCCGAGUGAUGUACUGCAGGGACACCUUCAACCACCCGACGCUGGAGAGCAGCUCCGGCUUCUCCUGGCAGUUCAGAUGUCCUUCUCUCAGUCUGCGAGGACGACCUCGUAAGAGGAGAGGCCGCGACAGCAAAGACUCGCCAAACCCCAGCCAGUCGGAGUCGUGGAUCGAGAGGAUGAAGGAGAACGUGAUGGGCAGUGUGGAGGUUGGCUGUGACGGCGGCUGGCUCCCUCACCCCGAGGAGCAGCUGUUCCUCGAUCAGCUGUUCGCCUUCAUGGACCGCCACGGAUCACCGAUCCACAAAGUCCCGAACCUGGGCUUCAAGAAGAUCGACCUCUUCCUCAUGUACUCUGUGGUCAAACGGCUCGGGGGCUACAAAAAGGUGACGACAGACCGUCUGUGGAAAGUGGUUUACAACGAGCUGGGCGGAUGCCCCGGCAGCACCAGCGCUGCGACCUGCACCAGGAGACACUACGAGAGGCUGAUGCUUCCUUAUGAAGAGCACCUCAGAGCAGGAGGAGCAGAGUUUAAAGUCCCAGAAUCCCCGGUGGCGCCGAAGCCCAGAGGCAUCAGAGGCAGGAGACCGCAUCCCAGAGGCAAAAAGCCGGGACCCAGACCCCGGGAGAGGAAGGUGACCACACCACCUGCUGCUGCUUCUCCCACCAUACGUGAUGACGUCGCAAACCCGAACGGCACCGCGGUGGCGAAGAGAGGUCGAGGCCGGCCACCGGGCACACGAAACAAGGCCACAGUGCUCGCUCAGGCAAAGCUGCUGGCACUGCAGCAGGCGAAGGUCAAAGGCGGCACGGCGGAGACAAUGCAGCAGCAGCUUCCAGCCAUGGGCCGCGGAGGACUGAGCGCCAGCGGCGUGCACAGGCCCAUCCAGCCGGCCAUCCUGCCCAUCACCAUGCCCCUCACCCCAGAUCUUGCCCCCCUCGCCGGCCCCUUCGUCUCUUUCCAGCCCAAACCGAAGGAGGUGAAGACGGAGCGAGGGGAGUCCGUGGUUCCCACCACGGGCGUGCUCCUCUCCGCGCUGCCGCGCCACUUCAUCGGAGGCUCUCUGAGUGGCUUCAGCCCCAUCAAAGGCGUGUGUCCUUCGGACGUGUUCAGGAACCGGCUGGGCCUGCAGAGAGGCCCGAGAGCCCCGCCCUGACCCCCAGGACCCGAGCCAGCAUCAUUCAACCAUCUACA